AUGUUGGAUCUAAGUAAUAACCGGAUUAGAGAUGAAGGUGUUGAAUACCUUGUCGCGUCACUUCGAAUGUGUCAUCAUCUUAAAUAUCUUCGACUGGGAGCAAAUGCUAUUACUGACGUUGGUGCAGAACAUCUUGCUCGACUCUUAUUAGAAAAUGGACAUCUCGAAGUUCUCGAACUUACUUCUAACGAAUUAACAUCACAAGGUAUUAUAACACUUGCAAAAACUGUACCGCAUUCUCGUCUUGCAUAUUUCUAUGUUGAUAGAAACCAAGACGUCAAUGAUGAAUGUAUCGAUGCAAUCAUCGUCAUGAUUCGAGAAUCAAAAUAUUUAACAGCUGUUUCAUUGCAGGAUAUGAAUUUUUCUCCCAAGGCUAGAGAGAAAUUGCGACAAGUAGUCAAGUACAAACGUCCCCAUUUUCUUACAAUUUGA